AUGGUACCUGAAAGAUCGAAUGAUGUGCUGCUAGCGGACUUUCCGAAACUUCCGUUACCCCAGGAGAGAACGGAUGAACUAGUGCUGUCCUCUGUUGAUUGGGCACAUGCUCACGGUCUUGUAACUCGGACGAAGGAAUACAAACAUCGUAGCGAUAUUUGUCAGACAACACCCUUCACCCUUCUUCCAACACCAUUUCCGCGGAAAUUGUUUCUUCAAGCCAUAAAUGUUCAAAAUUUAAUGGCCACUCUCUAUCAUGAAGUCGCGUACGAUUACGAAUUCCUGAUCGACUGUCAUAAAGAUGUUGUCAAGACUGACUCUUUUACUGGGGGAUUAAUUGAAAUCCUCAAGAAAGUUAUUGAUGAAGGUCUUGCGCAGAGGAAAACCCUGGUUAUACAGCGAUCGGAUUAUAUGUGCCAUAAAGAUCCCUUCUCAUGCGAAUACUCGUUAAGACAAAUUGAAGUGAACAACAUAGCCUCGAGCAUGGGUGGUCACGCCGAAAGGGUUACUAAAAUGCAUAGGCGUACUCUGCUUGAACUUGGAUACGAUAACGAAACAAUGGAGAGGGCUAUUCCAGCGAAUGAGCCAAUCAAAAUCAUUGCGGAGGCUCUUUACAAAGCAUGGCAACUAUUUUCAAUACCGCAUGCUGUCGUGCUUGUAGUAGUUGAGGCUGAGAAUCAAAAUCAAAUCGAUCAACGUCAUGUCGAGUAUGCUCUUGAAGAACUUGGCGUGCCUAUUGAUCAGAUCGUGCGGAAGACAUUGGCGCAAUGCUAUGAAUGUUUAACUUUGUCACCUGAACGCCACCUACUUUUAUUAGGCUCUCGAGUAACGGUUGUGUACUUCCGCGCUGGGUAUUCUCCGGAUCACUAUCCAAGCCAUAGAGAAUGGGAUGCCCGUUUAAUGAUCGAAAGAUCAGAUGCAAUAAAGUCGCCAUGGAUUGGCCUUCAGGUGGCCAAUACCAAGAAAACUCAGCAGGUUCUUGCGGAGGAUGGUGUAGUAGAGAGAUUUGUCGGUCAUCCACGUAACGCUGCAGCAAUACGAGCAACUUUUGCUGGAUUGUGGGCUAUUAAUGGCUCUCAUCCGGUUAUUGAUCGGUUGAUUAAGAAUGCUAUCUCCCAUCCAUCACGCUUUGUUCUGAAACCCCAAUUGGAAGGAGGAGGUGGCAAUUUUUAUGGUGAACAAAUGGCUGAGAAACUUAAAACCUUAACGGAAGAACAACGAGGCGCAUAUAUUUUGAUGGAACGGAUUCAACCUCUCGUAGCUGAGAACUACCUAAUUCGUGCAAUGCAGCCCGUCGAAUUAUCAAGAGUUGUUAGCGAAUUAGGAGUUUAUGGCUACGCAUUGGGUGACCGUGGAAUUGCGGAAGUCCGUCAAGGUGGGCACCUACUGCGCACAAAGUCUGAAAACGUGGAUGAGGUAAGGAAUUAA